AUGCCGUCCACGAAGCGGCUGCGCACCGAGCCCAUCGUACGGGUCAGAACCGGAUGCUGGGCAUGCCGACGCCGUAAGAAGAAGUGCGACGAAGCGAAGCCCGUCUGCGGGGGCUGCGUGCGCAACAAGCUUACGUGCCAAUGGCCAUCGACGUCCACAUCCCCUGAUUCUGCCUCGUCUCAGGACGAGAACCCGCGCGAUAUGGAUCUGGUGGACGAGCGCGACAUCCACACCACACCGGCUCGCACCGCCGUCGCCUCGCAAUCCACCUCGACAGACACAGCAGAAAACCAAACAACAGAGCCAAACACUACAGCCACCGCAAUGACCAUAGGCAACGCCUUAUCCAGGCCAUUGUCCAUGAUGCCCGGUCACGGCCUCGACGCAUACCAGCUCUUGAGCCACUACAUGGCCACGACCGCCGAAUGCAUGGCCAACGGGUCGACGCCCAUCAAUCCGUUCUUGGUGCAGAUCGUGCCGCUGGCGUUCAGCAGCGACCUGCUGCUCCAGCUGGUGCUGACGCAAAGUGCCGCGCACCGGGCAUUCCGGCGCCUGAAUGACUCGGACGAGGUGGCGCAGAGCCAUUACACGAAAGCGCUGCAGCUGUUUCGGCGAGGUGUGACGGACUUCAUCGAUGGGAUGGAAUCGAACCCGCUGAUUCUGACGGUUGGGGCGUUGGUGAUGUGUUUUACAGAGACGGCAAAGGGCGAUAUGAACGGUACGAUCUUCGACCACCUGUCCGCCGCGCACUCGCUGUUGAUACGGUUACUUGCGCAGUCGGAUGCGGCCGUGCCGAAGGAUCUCAAGGACUUUGUGAUUGAGUACUACACGUACACGGCGGCCGUGAGCAUGAUCUCCAUCGACGCCCGGGUCAGCCACCAGGUGCUGCUCAAUUUCGAUCUGGAGCAGAAGGCGCGUCAGCUGCUGGAGACGGGGUAUGUGGGGAAUCUCUGCGGCUGCUGGCUGGAACUGCUGCUGCUGAUCCCGUGUAUCUUCGACCUCGGGCGGGGCUGGAUGAUGCACGAAGGCCAGCCGGUCGUGCCGACCGCGGAUGAGAUCGCCAUGUAUGGCUCACUGCAGGCCCAGAUCAUGCGCUGGGCGCCGUACCCCACCGUCACCCCGGAGGUGUUCAUGGCGGGUCACAUCUUCCGGCAGGCGAUGCUUCUGUACCUCUACACCUCAUUGAGCGGGUACUCGCGCUCGAAGACUGGCAUGCAUCAGAUGCUGAUCGAGACGGCGAUGACCGAGGCGAUGUCGUAUCUCACGCAGCUGUCGGCGACUGCGCGGAUCAACUCCGGCCUCUGCUGGCCCAUUGCUGUGGUUGGGUCGUGUCUGACCGACUCCGAUCAGCAGGAGAAUCUCCGCCAGCGGCUGACUACGAUGGUGGCUACGUUCGGGCUCGGGAAUAUGCACCGUACGAAGUUACUACUUGAACACAUGUGGCAGAUGCCGCUCGAGGAGGCGGGGCCCUGGAACAUCUGCCGAGCGAUGGAGCAAAAUCAAAUCUGGAUAUCGUUUGCUUAA